AUGUCCCUGGGUGGAGCAGUGAUUGUUCUUCUGGCAACUGUGAUGGGCCUUGCUAUUCUGAGAAUUAUAUAUGCUUAUAGCUCUGUUCGUGUAAUUUCUCUUGAAGUCUCCCAAGGCUCUCGGCCUGUCUGUCUCGGCAGUGCCCAGAACAUCUCCAGUGAGCUCCAUGGAAGUGCCAUGAAGACCCUGGGCAAACUAAGGCAAUAUUUUUGCGGAGAGCCAGAAAGUGAGGAAUCAGAACAGACCCGGUGCGAGUACUGCCCACUCCGCUGGGUACUGCACCAGGGAAAAUGCUACUACUUCUCUGAGGAGAAGAGAGAUUGGCAUGGCAGCACCAGGUACUGCAGCUCACGGAUGGCCAGCCUGGCUGUGGUCGACAGUGAGGAGGAGAAGACCUUUAUUAUGAACAGGAUGAAGAUGGAGAAAGGCUAUUUUUGGCUGGGACUCAGUAAGGUGGCGGACAAGUGGCUGUGGGUGGCUGGUGCUGGUUUGCCGCCAGAGAAGUUUCAGGUUGCAGGUGGCAGUGACAAUCACAACUGUGUUGUCUGUGGUGCAGAUGAGGUUAUGUCUGAGAGCUGUUUCAACCCCAACAAGUGGAUCUGUGAGAAAGCCACCAAGGAGUUCCCAGCUGUGAAGGUGGAUCUGCUGGACUGA